AUGGAGGAAAUCUCUCUAUCACCGACAUAUGAUGUCGUCAUCAUCGGCGGCGGCCAUAACGGGCUCACGGCAGCGGCAUACCUCGCUAAAGCAAACUUGUCAGUGCUUGUUUUGGAGCGGCUGGAGUCUACAGGUGGAGCCGCCGUUAGUGUUGCCGCCUUCGACGGAUGUGAUGCCCAUCUGUCCCGAUACUCCUACCUAGUCAGUUUGAUGCCAAAACAAAUUAUCGAAGAUCUCGGUCUGAAAAUUGAGUUGGUGCGACGCCGCUACUCCUCGUAUACGCCAGUCCCGGGGUAUCUAGAGGACCGUGGAUUGCUUAUCGAUAAGCUAGAUGAGGGCGCAACGCGUGCAUCCUUCAGCAGAAUUGGAGCGGAAAGUGACUUUGAAAGCUUCAACGCCCUAUACCAAGACACUACUAAGGUCGCCCAAGCGAUAUGGCCGACGGUUACGGAACCGUUAAUUACACGAAGCCAAGCCAAGGCACGUCUCGGGGACGAUGCCCUGUGGCACGCAGUGUUCGAGGAACCGAUAAGAAAAUUUAUAGAGACGCGUCUCUCCCAUGAUCUUGUUCGCGGCGUCGCCCUCACCGAUGCGGUUAUUGGAACUUUCGGAGACACGGAUGACCCUUUAGCUGAGAAUCGUUGUUUCUUAUACCACGUUAUUGGCGGAGGCACUGGUGAUUGGGAUGUCCCAGUCGGUGGUAUGGGCCACGUCAGUCAACAGCUCGCAGAUGCAGCUAGUCGUGCGGGUGCGGUCAUUAUGACAGGUGCAGAGGUGUCUUCGGUCAACGUUGAUGGCACCGUUCGGUUUGUCGUUGACGGGGUAGAGAACGCCGCGACCGGCCGACGAGUCCUUUCCAACGUUGCACCGCAUGUUCUUCACGACCUCAUGGAAAAGUCUAGUAUUCCGGGCGAGGAGCUGCGACCUGAGGGUAGCCAAGUCAAGAUGAAUUUGUUGCUAAAACGCUUGCCGAAACUUCGGGACAAAAUGGUUUCUCCCGAGGCGGCAUUCGGCGGGACCUUUCACAUCAACGAAAGGUACGACCAGCUUUCAAAGGCGCAUAAGCAAGCCCUAGCCGGAACUAUUCCAAAUCCUUUACCGUGCGAGGUCUAUUGCCACUCCUUAUCAGACGCCUCAAUUCUUGGUCGUGAGCUCGUCAAUUCCGGCGCUCACACCCUGACGCUUUUCGGGUUACAUGUCCCCAACCGCCUUAUCACCGCCGAGAAUAAUGAGGCGCAGCGUACAAAGCUGCAGAGAGCCGCUAUUGACUCUCUAAACUCUGUUCUCGCAGAGUCUAUCGAGGAUUUGCUCAUCGUCGACGCACAUGGCCAGCCAUGCAUUGAGACUAAGACGACUCGCGAUAUCGAGCUAGCGCUCAAUAUGCCUGGCGGCAAUAUAUUCCACGGCCCUCUCUCAUGGCCCUUCCUCGAGGAUGACUAUACGCCGACUACACCUGCUGAGCGGUGGGGCGUCGAAACUGGAUACGGCGAGAGAAUCCUUAUGUGCGGGUCCGGAGCUAGAAGGGGAGGGGCUGUCAGUGGUAUCGGGGGCCACAACGCUGCAAUGGCUGUGCUUGAUUCGAUAUCACGAUAG